GAUCGGUAAGUCCGUUUUUUCCGGGUUUCAUUCUGGAAACUUACACUCAACAAGCUCCUAACAAAAUAACACAGCAAAAAGUCCAUUCCUGUGUUGUGUAGCUUUAGUUAGGAAGAUGACAUCGUUAAAAAUCAGUGUUGAAAGGCUUUUAGAACAAGAAGUUGAUGAAAUUAACCGUUCUGGUGAAGAAAAAUAUAUUAAACCUUUUUCAUUGUCUGAAGAGCUGACUUAUCUUGCAGGAAAAAUUGAUUUUUAUGAUGGACUUGAAAACUUGCAAGAAAAUAAUACAGAGAGUGGCCAAAAUGGAGAAGACGAGCUGGCCAAUGUGAAACGUAAAAGUGAAGAGAAAAUUGAAAACAAAUGGCCAUGGGAAAAUGUUCAUUCAAAACUUCGAAUAGCUUUAUCAGAAACAUGUGUAAUGUUGGAUGUGCUGCAAAGUCUUACUAAGAAAAAGUAUUUGGUGCUUGAUCCGAUUCAACAGAAUGCAGAACCUGAUAAGCAAACUGUUCAAAUGCUUGAAAAACGAAAGUUUUUAGCCAGAGCUGGUUCUAUAAUUGCAAAAGGAGCUGCAGGUUUGAGUAAGAAAAUAGACGAAUCAGAACCGAUUGUUGUAGAGGAAAAUGACAAUGAGUAUUACAUGCAACUGAUGCAAUUAAGACAGUACUGGCGUGUGAAAAAGACAGGUAACCAAAUAACUGGGGAUGUGAGUUAUCGUACAGCUGGGUCAACAUUUUGGCAUCCUGGUCUAUUUGAAGUAAAGCCUGAUCAUAGUGAAUUAACUGAAAAAACACUCACGGUAAAUAUAAGCCCUGAUUUAGUACAAUCAUCAGUAAUUACUGUUCAACUGAUUGAUCAAAACAGUAGACAUCCAUGGAAAGAAACAUCUUUACUUACUUCGAAAAGAAAAAUUGACUCUUUAAAUAACUGGGAAGAAAGUCUUAAUCUGGCACAACAGCAUAUAUUUAACAAGGAUUUAUUUGCACGUCUUUCUACUGAUGCCUACCAAGGGUCAUUUUCAGGCGUUGAGGUAUUAAAUUCUAAAAUUACCUGCAAAAUAUUAGAUGAUGUACAGGUUGUCAUAUCACAUGAAAUUGGUUGUAAAGAUGCUAAUCUCUCAACUGAUGAUGCUGUAGAUUCUACAGAUGAUUUAAAAUUGAUUCUAACUGCAUUGCUCCAAAGUCAUCAUAAAAGAAAUGCAAAGUGGACUUCACCAUAUCCAGCUACAUCCAACUAUUACAAAAAGCAAUCUAGAAGCUCAACAAUUGUCAAUAUGUUAAAUCGAAAAGAGGUUUUGCAGCAUAAUUCAAUCUUAAAAGAGUUUCUUGACCAAGCCACACAUAAAGUUUGGAUUACACGCCUCAAGUUUUAUCUUGACGAGAAGUGCAAAACGCUAAAUGACCAGAGUAUGUUGAUACAUUGGAACUCCUUGAAGUGUAGACUCAAGUCAUCCAUUACAGUUUCUGUGAUAAGCAAAAUACAUUUAGCAUCAGCUGUUAAAGCAUCGUUUUUAAUUUCCAUAGAUCAACAGGGAAUGAACAUAACAUUCGAAGAUUCUAAUACAAUUUAUUUACAUUUUGAUAUAGCUGCUCUAAAUACUCUGAUUGAUUCAAAGAUCCGUACACAUCUUCAAAUGGUGGCAAAGUGUUUAUGUUUGAGAUACAGUUGGACUGUUGUGCAAUCGACAUGGAAGUAUCCAACGUUCAUUGUAGAAAAUCAAACAGGAUUCCCUGAGAAGCGUUUGGUGUGUCUUUCAAGUGACAAGAGUACUAGUAUCAGAGUUACAUUUCACAGUAACAUUACCAUAGAACUCUCAAAAGCAGGUAGUGAUGUCAGUUCUUUGUUAGAUUGUGAAUUCCAAGCAUAUGUGUACAAUCCAAUACCGUUAGAAGCUAUUGCUGGUUCAUCAUUUAUUGAAAAAUUCCAAACAUUACUAUUGUGUUGCUAAUAGUGUGUUUUGUCAGGAUUUGUCUUUUUUUUGUAUACAGAAAAUCGUACUUGCAAAAAUACAACUGUAGACUUUAUUUUGCAUACUUUCAAAGAAAACUUUGGCACUUCAACCUGGCGCCAUACAACGUGUA